GGAUUCUGUCAGCUGAUAUGCAUCAAGAUGCAAUUACAGUUUCGUAGUGAGCUUUGACGGUAUAUUUUGUUUGUGUACUAUAUAUAUAUAUAUAUUAUCAUACUCGGAAAAUCUUAUUGUUUAUUCUGAAUGUUUCUUUUAUUGUGUCGGUGUAUACUGUGUAGUAAAGUGUUUUUUUAAUAUAGUUAUUAGAGUUGGAUCAAUAAGGAUUUUGUACAAGCUUGAACAGUUUAUAAAACAAGAGAGCUAAGAUGUCGUUAAGCACAGAUAUAUCCACAGCCCUUCACUUACUUGAGCAUAUUCAAGAGCGUGUAGAGGAUUGCGAUGAUCCUAAAUUGAGAAUGUAUACCACUCAAGAUCUCCAGUCGAUGAUAUCCCUAUUGGAGGAUCCUGUAUUCCGAAGUAUAGUUACAAUACAAGAUUCUUUGUUCGAAUUAAAUAGUCAGCUAGGGGAUCAUCCUUCCAUUCUUCCUGGAGAUUUUGAUAUUAAUAUCAGUGGGCAUUUAGAACUUUCGGUUCCAAAUACUCCUGUGCAACCCUUAGGACCAAUUACGUAUCAAGAUUUAUAUCCGGAUAGUAGUGAACUGGACGAUCAAAGAGUCCCUAUUGCUCCAUUGUUACAUAGCAGCAGCGAAGACACUAGCGCACAGGUUACAAGUCCUAGUCUGGUUUCAGAAGUUAUGGGAAUGCCACCUAUAACGACCCCAACCUAUGCCAAAGAGUUCAAAAAAGUGAUAGAGGCUGCUGCGAGAGGACGUCAGAUAUGCACAGUGCAGUUAUACAAACCGGAAGGCACUAGUUUAGGAUUCAGCGUGGUUGGUCUCCGCAGUAAAGACAAGGGCGAGCUUGGUAUAUUUUUACAAGAAAUUCAACCAAAUGGUAUUGCAGGGUGCGAUGGUCGUUUGUUAGAGGGUGAUCAAAUCCUUGCGAUAGAUGGUCAACCAUUGGAUUCAAAUAUUUCACACGAGCAAGCAAUUUCGAUUCUUCAAAAAGCUCGCGGUUUGGUCGAGUUGGUAGUGGCAAGAAGCAAUCAAGACGUUGGGAAUUCUUUGCCGACGGAUGAAUUGUCCGGUGGUUCGAGUUCAACAGCGGCCGCAGGAGGAGCAGCAGCUGUUGGAGGUGCUGCCGUUAUCGGUGCUGGUGUUGGUGGUGUUGGUGGUAGUCCAUGUCUUUUGGGAAACAACGGAAAUAAUAAUAACAACAACAACAACAACAAUAACAUUAAUAACAAUAUUAACAACAAUAAUAUCAACAACAACGUCAACAACAAUAAUCAGAUUGGCUCGGACAAAGAUCAAUCGGUGUCAGUAUCGUCAAUUGUCACACCAAUACCAACACCUAAGUCCAGUCAACCUACUAGUACAACAUCUGCAACAACACCUACGCCAACACCUACACCUAUACCUACACCUACUUCGACACCUGUACCACCACCUGGUACCGUUCACGGAGGCCUCGUCAUCGAAAGGAGCCCUUCCGCUGUCAGCGACGCCUCCAAGAGUGGCCCUGACAUGGUGCUGAACACGGAAUGGGCACAAGUAGAAGUGAUAAACCUAAUCAAUGAUGGCAGCGGUCUUGGAUUUGGGAUUAUCGGAGGCCGUAGCACAGGCGUCGUCGUCAAGACCAUUCUUCCUGGAGGCGUUGCCGAUCGGGAUAAUCGGCUCCAAAGCGGGGACCACAUACUCCAAAUCGGGGAUGUCAAUUUACGAGGAAUGGGAAGCGAACAGGUUGCAGCUGUUUUACGACAAUCAGGAACACACGUGCGUCUCGUUGUCGCAAGACCAGUUGAACCAACAUCACCAGAUUUCCAGGCCAUCGGAAGUCAUGCACCAAUCGUCCCAACGAAAAACCUUGGUGACCCAGACGAAUUGGAGAGAUACCUGGUCCACAGUGUACCCGAGACCUACAACAUACGACACGUACAGCAAGGGGGUGGUGAUGCCAGUUACGACAACGGGUAUAUGUAUUCGCAGGAGUCCGACGCAAGAACCAGUCUCAUCAUGGAUGUGGUACCCAGACGCAACCCCGUACCAAUUGGAGCGAUGCCAGUUAUACCGACGGUACCGGUACAAAUUCCGGAACUACCGGUCCUCAGCAUGGAGGCCAUCGAUGUUAAUUCACUGCCAGAAAUGGAGCGUUUCACCGUCGAGCUUAAGAAGGAUAUUUACGGGCUUGGGAUCACUAUAGCCGGCUACGUUUGCGAGAAGGAGGAACUUUCGGGCAUCUUUGUCAAGAGCAUAAGCGAGGGUAGCGCGGCAGACUUAAGUAAUAAGAUACAAAUAAACGAUAGGAUAGUCGAGGUGGAUGGUCAUUCUCUACAGGGUUAUUCGAAUCACGAGGCUGUUGAAGUUCUUCGAAGUACCGGGCAGACCGUUGUACUCUGCUUGGAAAGAUAUUUACGUGGACCAAAGUACGAACAACUUCAACAAGCGAUUGCUGCUAGCGAACUGAGAUUACCCCAACCAAGUUCUCCGUCUAUUACGAGCCUACCAAGUUUUCCAAUAAGUGCAGAUGGCGAGACUACUACCGAGAUAGAACAAGAAGGUGAAUCGCAUACGACCGUUGAUAGUGCUAUACUUCAAGAAGCAGAUCGUGAAAGUGUUACGGACGAGUUCGAUGUAGCUACAAACGUUGAAGCUCUUUUAAGCGAUCCUUCCACCGAGUUAACUCCGCAAAUCCGUGCCGCCAUUAAAUCCAAAUGGCAAAAGAUUGUAGGACCUGAUACUGAGAUAGUGGUAGCACAAUUGAAGAAAUUUGCAGAAGGUAGUGGUCUUGGUAUUAGUUUGGAAGGUACAGUGGACGUUGAGAAUGGUCAAGAAGUGAGGCCUCAUCAUUACAUUCGUUCGAUUUUACCUGAAGGUCCUGUCGGUCAAAACGGUACCUUACGAUCAGGGGAUGAAUUGUUGGAGGUAAAUGGUUACCGUUUGCUCGGUAUAAAUCACAUGGAAGUAGUUAGCGUUUUAAAAGAAUUGCCUAUACACGUUCGUAUGGUUUGCGGAAGAAAUGUGGCCUCCCAGGAUCCAUUGUGUCCUAUUGACACUGCUCAACAUCAAGCAGCUUUUCAGACCAGAAGUAUUCUCGGUGGAUCCCUUCAAAAUCUCCUACCAACAAUGGAUCGACUGGUAAAGGCGAAAUCUGAUGGAUCCUUGGCUUCAACUACAACAACCGCAACCGUGACUGACGCUAGCUUGAACAAAAUGAAGUCACGAUCUUUGGAGCCAUUGACAGGCUUAGCUAUGUGGAGUUCAGAGGCGCAAAUCAUCGAGCUGGUUAAAGGAGAGAGGGGCCUUGGGUUCUCCAUUUUGGAUUAUCAGGAUCCAAUGAACCCCAACGAAACUGUGAUAGUAAUAAGAUCACUCGUUCCUGGUGGUGUGGCUCAAGUCGAUGGUAAACUUAUACCGGGUGAUCGUCUCCUGUUCGUGAACGAUAUCGGUUUACAAAAUGCUACUCUCGACCAAGCUGUGCAGGCUCUUAAAGGUGCACCCAAAGGAACCGUACGCAUCGGAGUGGCCAAGCCGUUACCAAUACCAGAUAGUAUCGUACAGAGGGUACCACCGAUCUGUACGGUCCGACGCAGUCGAAGUUUCCCGAACGAGAGUGAAACAACCGAUCGUGCAGCCGAUUUUGAAGAUUUUCUUUCAUCUCGAUCGGGUGUGACCGGUGUUUCAACCACCACCGACCAGCAAGAAAGAAAGGAAGAUGAUAAUCAAAGAUCUCGGAAACAACAUCAGCAACUAAAUCAGCUGAAACGUGACGAAAAACGAGAAAAUGACCAACAGGAAAAAGAAGAAGAAGAAGAAGAAGGGGAGGAGGAGGAAGAGGAAGAGGAUCAUUGGAAAGAUGCAUCACCGUUAACACCAAUUUGCAGUCCUACGAUGAAAAAACAAUUAAAAAUUGUGCCGAAGAAAGAAGGAAAGGAAGAAAAUAAAGAUGAAAUAAUGGAUGAUUAUAAAAAAUUCGGCACGGGUACGUAUCAUGCAUAUCUUGUAAAGGGAUCGUUGAAGAUGAAUGAGGAAGAUGAGGAAGAAGAUGAUGAGGAGGAAGAGGAGGAAUAUGCGAUCACGCCAACUACUGCUGUUGCUGCUGAGAGUAUUAUAUCGAUAGUUAAGAAGAAAGAUGGCAAAGAAAUUGAUGAAAUUUCCGACGUGAUAACGAGAGUCGAACAACAAGCUGCACCUAAGGUUAAGUUAAAGAAGAAGAAUGAAAAAGAAGAAGAAGAUGAUGAUGAUGGUGAUGAUGAUGUUAGAACAAAAGACAAAAUGAAUAUAAAAGAAAGGAUAGAUAAAGAUGAUGACAAAAUUGUUGAUUUAUCCGAUAAGUCGUCAACGUUAAGAAAAAAAAUAAUAAUAUCGGACGAUGAUAAACGUACAAAUUUAAAGAGUUAUAAUGGUUUGGAGUCAAGGUUAGAAUCAUCGUCACAAGAACAACCGAUAACUUUGAGUGAAACAUUUGAUAAAUCGGAAGAAUCAACGGAUAAGAUUUUAAAUAAGAAAAUAAAAGGUGAUAAGGAUGAGGACGUUUGUUGUUCCGGUGUUGUUAAGAGAAGAUCAAAGAGGAGAGGUGACGGUGGAGGAGGAGAGAGGGAUAGAAGAUCUAAAGAUGGGGAAGGAACGACAACGAGUAGGAGGAGGAGGUCCAGGGAGGAGAGGAAGAGUCUAAAAGAACAGGAGUGCAUUGAGAGGGUCACUCAGUAUCUCAGCAAGCAUAGCUCGCUAACCGCAUUUACCGAUCCCUAUUCCUAUUCGACGUUUGACGAGGAUAGUUCGUUGUUACGCAGCUUGGACGACGAAAGGAAAAAACGAAUGGAACGUGAGGCUGCUGAUAAACAACAAAAAGAAAAAGAAGAAGAAGAAGAAAAAGGCAAGGAUGGAGGAGGAGGAAAAGAAGGAAAAGGAAAAGGUGUUGAAGAUAUAAUUGACAAAUCUAAAGUUGAUCAAAAAGAAGAAAAAGAUGAAGAAACUAGAACAAAACUAGAACCGUGUAAAUUGGUUAAAACUAUUAGUGAUGAACAAGCAAUAAGUGGUGUACAUUUAUCAGUGGAUUCUAUUAACUUCCGAGUGUUCGAUACUAGAGGUUUAUCCGUUGAAUAUUUAAAUAGAUCAUUGAAAACUUCGAUAUCCGAUACGGAAGUAGUUAAAUCAACGAAACCAAGGGCUAGUUCGUUGAGAAAAAGGAAAGGUACGGUUUCUAGUGAAUCAUCUAAGGAAUCACUUUUAGAGGAAUCCAAGAAAGAAGUUAGAAUAAGGGAGACAGUACAAGAGAUAUUUUUCGAGGAUAAUAACGAACAACAAUUGUCUUCUUAUCUUAUUCCUGAAGUACAAUUGGUCAAGGCUAAGAUUAUUACUGCCGAGGAAGUUGCAUUAGGGAGAUUGGAUAAUACCGAUGUUAAAAUGAUUGACGUUUGUUCACCCGCCGAAAUAGUUUUAAUUAAACAACGCGAACGUGACCGUGAUGAUAUUGCUCAAAGGGUUGAAACCAGUAAAAGAUUUUCAUCGCAAUUACAAUUACCCACUUUGGGCAAAUCAACUUCGGAAAAUACUUUGAUUGAUGGUAAAAAUGAUGCAUUAGACGACAACAAAGUGUCCGAGAGAAAUAUCAAACCUGAAAUACUUUUGGAUUUGUCCAAAGUAUCCGAAUUAAUGGACGAUAAUGUUAAUAAAACUGACAAAGAUAUUGAUAGUAAAGACAAAAAGGUACUCAGUAGGACAGGUAGUGAAGGUUCAAAGAGAGGAUUCACCGGUGCGAAAAGUAAAUUCCUUGAUAAACAACGUGUAACUCCCAUUAAGGUUAGUGUACUAUCAUUCCCUAGUGAACCGGAACCAGAACCCAAACCGGAACUUACAACUUUGCCCGAGGAUGUUUUAGUGAUUCGAAAAGAUCAUUACAAAUUAGGAGACGACAAAUCAAUCAACGUGUUAGAUUACGAUGAAUCAAGAUUACAAGAACGUCCAGACGAACAGGAGCAGAAAAAACAACAGCAGCAACAGCAACAGGAAUUAAAGAAAGAAGAAGAAGAAGUCAAAGUAGAAGACGUUAUCAAGGAUCAAAAGGAAGAGUUAGGUGUAAAGGAUUAUGAAGAAAUCCUCCGGCAGCAGGAGGAACGUCCGCUGCUGGAGGAAGAUGAGAUAAUAAGUUGUCAAGAGGAAGAAGAUAAUUUGAUUAGUAAAGAACAUUCCUUGGAAUAUCAAAGUCAAACGUUGGAAAGUCAAACGUUGGAAUGUCAAUUGGAAUCAGUAAGUUGUUCUAAUCAAGAACCGUUAAUACCAGCGCCAAUUGUACCAAGAAAUUUCUUUAAAUCUGUACCGGACAGUUGGAAACGCGAGGUUUGCGAAGAUAGUUUCGAUGAUAUACAACGUAAUUUCAAGGAGACGCAAUAUUCGCCACGAGAAAAACGCGAAGUAGAAACGCAAACUAUACAGGAAACUAAAAGUACACAGUGCAGUCCCGAUCAAAGUUUAUCGAGUACAACGGAUAUAUUCGAGACUACUGCUGGUUUUCACGUCGCGUUAAGAUUUUAUCAAAGUCCCAAGAGGGAAGUACAAACUCAGACACAAGGGGAAAGUAAAAGCGUUCAAUGUUCAUUGGACGAUUUCAUUUACAACGAAUUUUCGUUGAAUUAUACCCGUGGAAUCGUACAAAAUACUAGGGACAAUUUAAUCGUUAAAUCGGAUAGAAUACAAAUUCAAGAAUCUAAAAGUAUUCAGUGUAUACCGGAAGAUAUAUCAGGUGAAACACCGUCCACCACUAAAUCGAUUGAACGAAAGGAAGAGGAAGGGGAAAAGAAGAAAUCAAGGAAAGAAGAUAAAGAGGAUACUUUUUUAAGUAGUCAACGAAAAGAAGUUGAAGUUCAAACUUAUCAAGAAUCGAAAGCAAUUCAAUGUACAGAUGAAGAAUUACAAUCUUACGAAUCAUCGCAACAACAACAACAACAACAACAACAACGUCAAUUAGAAAGAUCAUCCUCGUCGAGUAGCAGCAGCAGCAGACCGGUUACCCUAACAACUACAACUGUUGUUAAAAAACCCGAAACUUUGGUUUCACCGUCACGUAAACUUACAACCGUUGUAUUCGUCGAGGGUAAAACGAUCAUGACGGUCACGCAAAGGGAUCACGACGGUAACGUCGCGUGGUCUAAUCAUUGGGGUCCCGAAAGACUCGUUGAAAUUUAUAGGGAACCUAAAACAAGUUUGGGACUUAGUAUCGUUGGCGGAAAGGUCGAUUUACACAAUGGCAGUUCCAGUAAGUCCCAGAAUAUUUCUGGGAUAUUUAUUAAGAACGUUUUGCCUAACAGUCCUGCUGGAAGAACUGGAGAGUUGAAGAUCGGUGACAGAAUAAUCGAAGUGGACGGAGUGGAUCUGCGGAAUAGUACACACGAACGAGCGGUCGAGGUCAUUCAAGCUGCCGGAAAUCCUGUCUGCCUCCUCGUCCAAUCUCUGGUGCAUCUGACUACCGAGAACGAAAGUAAUUCUCAAGAUGGAAAAAGUAAAAAUCGGUUGCCAGUUUCUGGGGUAGCUCCAGGUACACCCACAGCAUCAUUUCGACAAAAACCUUCACCGAUUUCACCUGCUAGAUCAAUCACGCCGGAAGUAAUUCAGAGUGGAAUUGAAGAAAGUGAGAAGACCCCAUCGAGAGAUUUUAAAAGGCAAAGUAUAAGAAGCACAGAUGGCGCUGGUCCUAGCGCAAGAAGAUCCUCCAUGAAAAAAUCGAUACGUAAAAAGGCGCCGUCGCCGCCAUCGAAUCCUGGAAUACUUCGGGAAGUUAGCGAAGAACGUGAGGAUCAUGUUCCUCCUGCUCCUCAACAGGUGCAAAAACCUCUUACGAAGAAAUAUUCAUCGGAGGAAAGUUCCGAGGAAGAGGACAUACGCGAAUUGGAGGGUAACGUUUAUACGAAGGGGGGAAUGGAGAUAUCCAGGAAGAGUGCUGCUAACGUGAAAAGAACGAAAGCUGAGAUAGAUGCUGAUCCUGAACAAGAAGACGAAUAUGGAUACACUAACAUGAAAAUACAAAAGAAAUAUCAUAAUCUGGGUCACAAGGUGUUAAUGGUUAAAGUAGAAAAGGAACGCGGUAGUUUAGGUAUAUCUCUUGCCGGACACAAGGAUAGAAAUCGAAUGGCUGUUUUCAUUUGUGGAAUCAAUCCAAAUGGUGCCGCACAUAAAGUUGGUGGGCUUGCCGUUGGUGACGAAAUACUCGAGGUGAAUGGUAUGGUAUUCAAAGGAAGAUGUCAUUUGAACGCAUCGGCCUUGAUAAAGUGUAUGGCUGGUACAUGUUUUAAAAUCAUCGUUCAUCGGAAAACACAAGGUGCUGAUGAUAUCGCAGUGAAACCAUUGAUUUCAUUUCCACCAAUCUUGGAUGAGAGCGAGCAAUUUAGCGGAUACAAAGGAGUCCGUGUUGUUCCAGUAAAAAAGGGACAAUACGGUCUUGGCAUAAUGAUCAUCGAGGGUAAGCACGCUGAAGUUGGCCAAGGAAUUUUCGUCUCUGACAUACAAGAAGGCAGUGCUGCUGAACAGGCCGGUUUGCAAGUAGGUGAUUUGAUUCUUGCCGUUAACAUGGAUUGUCUACUCGGUUCUACGUAUGACGAGGCUACGAGUCUCUUGAAGAAGGCCGAGGGCGUAGUCAAGUUGACCGUUUGUAAUCCAAAUCAAAGUAAAAUUGGCCAGGAUGGUAAAGAAAUAAAACCAGCCGAGGCAGAAGUUAAACCAGUGGAAAAGAAAGAACCGGAAAAACCGAAAGAACCAGAACCACCUCAGGAUCCGAAGGAUUGUAAAAUUCAAAUUGGUAAGGACACUACGAUAGAAUUUCAAAAGGAAAAGGACAAGGGAAUUGGUUUCACUAUAGCCGGUGGUACCGAUACACCUAUGGGUGGCGUAUUUAUUCUCGAAGUAUUUCCGGAUGGGACAGCUGGAAAAGAUGGCAGAUUGCAAGCCGGGGAUCAAAUUCUUGAUAUAUGCCAAGAAAGUUUCAAAGCCAUCGAACAUGAACAAGCUCAUGCAGCAGUAAUGAAAGUUACGGGAACAAUAGUCAUGGUGGUACAUAGAAGCGAUAAACCACCAGAAGAACUCGAGGUUGAAUUGCAAAAAAAAUCAGGAAAAGGAGCUGGACUUUGUUUGACCGGAUUUAAAAGUGGCAAGGGUGCUUACGUCUCGGAUCUGUUACCUGGUGGUAGUGCAUUAGAGAGUGGAAAAAUUUGCAAAGGUGAUCGAGUAGUUGCCAUUUGCGGACAGGAUGUUCGCGAAGCACCCGUUGAGGAUAUCGCGGUUCACAUCAAAGUUUCCAAUCCGGUGCAACUCAAAUUGGCUAGGUAUAAGUCCGCUAAACAAUGACAGGGUUCUGCGGGCGGAACUCUAAAAUCUUAUGAGAAAGAAAC